AUGAGCCCAUUCUCCUCUGUAGGAGCUGAGAAGAUGAAUUUGAGAAUUUCCAUCCCACUGUUUCUCACUGUCUACAUCUUCACCUUCCUGAUCGGCCUCCCAUCCAACCUCCUGGCCUUCUACACCUUCCUGGUGAAGGUCCGCCAGAAACCCACCCCCGUCGACAUCCUUCUCCUCAACCUCACCAUCUCCGACAUCUUCCUCCUCAUCUUCCUCCCCUUCAGGAUGGUGGAGGCCAUCUCAGAUAUGACGUGGACCUUGCCCACUUUCCUCUGCCCACUCACCAACUUCGUCUUCUACAGUAGCAUCUACAUCAGCUCCCUCUUCCUCAUGGCCGUCAGCGUUGAGCGCUACUUGGGGGUGGCCUUUCCCAUCAAGUACAAACUCCGGCGCCGGCCAGCCUAUGCCACCGCCACCUCUGUGGUCUUCUGGGUGGUGGGUUCCGCCCACUGCAGCAUCGUCUACAUUGUUCAAUUCCUAGACCAGAGCCAGAACAGGACUGCAUACUUCAACUGCUACUAUAAUUUCACCACUAGCCAGCUCCAGGUCAUCCUCCCUUUCCGGCUGGAGCUCUUCCUGGUCCUCUUCUGCCUCCCCUUCACUGUCACCAUCUUCUGCUAUGUCAACUUCAUCCGCAUCCUGGUGGCCUUGCCCAACAUCCCGGCUCGGAGGAAGCGGCGGGCCGUGGGCCUGGCCAUGGCCACCUUGUUCAACUUCAUAUUCUGCUUCGCCCCCUACAACCUGUCCCACGUGGUGGGCUUUGUCCAGAAAAAGAGCCCCGAAUGGAGGGUGUACGCUCUUCUCCUCAGCACCCUCAACACCGCCUUGGACCCCGUCAUCUUCUACUUCUCCUCCACUGCCGUCAAACGGGCCUUCACAGAGUGCCUGGCCAGCCUGUGGCACAAACUCAGUACCUUCGUGGCCCGGUGCCAUCUCCCCUGCUUGACUUGCUGCGCGGAAGGAGGCAGAGAGGUGGAGGCGGCCAGUGAGGGACGAGACUGAGGGGUCAACGACUUGACUCCCAGGGUGAGACCGACUCUCUGUUUCCUUCGCAGAGCCUUCCUUGUCCCAUGUGCUGCAGGAGCAAGAGAUCCUGCACUUGAGCCAGGGACGGCAUCUUCUGUCCUUCCCUGCACCUCCCGAGAGGGCCGUCCUUCCUUAGACAGCAGCGUGCGGCGGGGCUUGAAGUUGGUGCCCAACUUCCACAAGGCUUUGGACUACUUGAGCUUCAAUGUGGUUGGCCAAACUUGGCUCCAGAGGGCUUUGGCUGACCUGAAGGUGGGGUCGCCAUGGUGUCAAGGGCCUUCUUUUGCCACUGCCAGGCCACAACUGAGCGGUUGACCAAGCGCCCACCGGACUUUGGCCUACUUCAGCUUUGGAGUGGGUGGCCCAACUUCCUCAGGGAUCCGGCCUCUCUCAGUGUCAGGGGCAUUAUGGCGUCAAGGGCCUUCCUGUGCAGCUGCUGGCUCACAAGUGAAACAUAGACCUAUUUCAGCUGGAGGGUCCCCCUGGUGCCCUCCACCCACUCCGGGUCUCCUUCUCCAUGGUUGGGCCCACCGGCAAGCCAGCUACUAGGGGCUGUAACUGCCAGGGGGGGUUGCUUGAGGGAGGGCAAACAGGCGGGGCUGAGCUUGUCCCGUUUCAGGGGAGCCAUUUAGUGGCAGAUGAACAAGGGCCAGGCUCUGUGAGGGGCCCGAGUUUGCCCUUGUGGAGCUAUGGAGAGCUCCUCCUCCUUGGCCACUGGUAUCCGUGUGUGCUGGCCUCUGUGGAAAUGUGGUUACCACCUCGGUGGGACUGGAACGCAGGGGGCUGCAGCCCAGCAUGCUACUGCUUGAGCUAAAGGAGCAGUGCCAUGUGUUGGCAGCAGUAGUAAGGCCGUUAUCUGCCAUGUGGAUGGGAAGGAUUUGGGCUCUGGACCUUCACCGUCAAUGCGCAGCCCUCUAUGCAAGCAGCGGUGGGAACAGGCUGUUAUUGAGCAGGAUUUGAACGCAGGAAUUUUAGCACCACAUUGAAGGGCUCACGUGGUCUAAAGGCCUUUUGCAGCGGUAGUAGACCUGUUAUCCUCCAAGUACACUGUUGGCGGGGGAUGGGCGAUUAGCAGGCACACGGUUCUGUUCCAGGUCCG